AUGCGAACGGGCCACGGCCGACGACGAAAAGUGUACCUUAACAGUGAAAAUGUCGAAGCCUUUUUUAGUGCUUCUCGUCGUUUUUUUUUCUUCGGGAGUGACGAACAGUUGAGGAUGAGUGACUCCAGGGACUUCAGACAGCCAGUGCUUUUCCUCUCCCACGGGGGUGGACCGUCUUUCUUCAUGGACGCCAAGCAAUACCCCAGUAUGGCCGGAAUGGACAAGAAUUCCGAGGCAGCCCAGUUUCUCCGCGAGUUGGCCCGUACACACCUUCCAUCACGUCCGAAAGCGGUGCUCGUGGUCAGCGCUCAUUGGGAAGAGAAAGUUCCCACAGUUAUGGACGAUAAAAAACACGUGCUUUAUUACGACUAUUAUGGUUUUCCAGAUACUACUUACAAGUUGAAAUGGUCGGCUUCCGGGUCACCAAGGGUGGCAAACCGGGUAGCAGAGCUUCUCGAAUCCAAAGGAAUUACUUGUAACAGUGUACAAGAAAGAGGACUUGAUCAUGGAGUGUUUGUAAAUCAUUUUGGUAUGGCCUGA